AUGGUGCCCAAUGAAUGUAAGGCUCUGUUCUGUUUCAGGGUCGCCCUGCUCUUCGUGAGCUUCCCGCGUAUCGUGAGAACGGCCUCUUUUCCAGACGGCGUCUACAAGACUGAAUGCCGGAGCCGCUCCUUCUGGAUAUGGGUGGAAAGAGACUUCUUGGGACCGCAGUGGCAGCUGGAGACCUUCAAUGAGACGGGAUACCCCGUCGUGAUGGACGAUUACCUCUCCUCGCAGUGCGGAUAUACCAAAAGCAGGGACAUCUACGGCAAUGUGGAGAUCAGGAUCUCCUUCCUCGGGUGUUGGAUUCACAAUGUGAACGACGAACAGUUCAACAGUCUGGUGCGGUUCAAGGUGGCCAAAAAUGGUGUCGAUUCCCAGUAUAUGGUGUCUCAGUCCUGUCGGCUUACAGACCCUUGGAACAUGAGGGAGAUCGUCUGUGAGGAAAACUACAUGGAGGUCUCUGUGAUAAGAAUUAUCCCUCUAGAAAACUGGCUGAAAACCGAUAUUAGACUCUCAUGGCCUGCCACACAGGGUGGCGCGUCCCCACGCUGGCAGGUCGAGUUCAUUGUGAACAACUCGAUUAUCACUCUCUCUUCAACAAACGCCUUUAAAAAGGGCUACGGACUCAACGCUACCGCCACCAGGGUGGUCUUCAGGGCACCGUACCGCACGGCAGAAUCCGUAACUAUGAUGGUCGAUGGCUACCGCUACGCUGGGAUUCUAGGCAUGAUGUACUACUCCCAGCCUUUGGUUCGUCUCUAUGUGAAUACAACGCUGGCCUGUCCGUCCGAUCCCCCGAUCUUCACGCCAACCUCUCUCAUGUGGCGCUCGCCUGCCAUACUCUCGCCUCUGGUCCUUGACCCCACAGCCUAUAUCGAAAGUGAUCUAAACUUAGGCCUCGACGGGCAGCUAAUAGACUCAAGCGUGAUAACCAAGAAUGGCUACGUUUUUCAAACCAGACCCACCGCUGUUGAGGUCAUUGUGCCAAUUGGUGCCCCUGGAGGCAACAUUGAGAGCGUUAUAGUGAAUAACUCCUAUGGGACGAUUUAUCGCAUCCACCUGCUUCUGGUGCAUGAGUGGAGAGAGUUGCCGGCUGAUGUCACGAGACACACAAUCUUAAAGCCAAUUGCCACUGCUUUUAGGCCAGAAGUUCCAGUUUUUAUUAACCGUAAAUGCCAAAUAACAGAUGACUUCUUUGAAGUGUCGCUUGGUAACUUCUUCUCGGAUGUUGAAUUAAAGUCCCUUGAGAUCAAGAAGGUUCCGUUUACCCUGGAAGAGGCCAAGGCUAGAGGUUUCAAUGUGAUGACCGUCCCCAAUGCGAACGGUACCAAUGCGUUCUACCUUCAAGUGCCUUUCAGCGAUUCGCUUGUGGAGCAGAAGCAUCUUCAGGGCCACCUGCUGCUCUACACUCUGCAUGUGACCUAUAUCAUGACCCUCCUGACAAAGCAGGACUUCCAGUACACGGAUGUGGUGGAAUGUAUACGACAAGAUGUUGAGCCUCCUUCAUGUAAGGAUGAAUGUGGUCCGGACAGGCUCAUCCUUGUAUUGACCCACGGCAAUAUGGAUAGAUACUGGGUUCCGUACAUCCGAGAACUGCAUCUGACAAAAGAGCUGGCACAGUCGCAAAAAUACGUAGUUUCCGAUCAAGGCUCCAUCUACAGGCUCGAGGUCCCUCUGUUUGCUGCUGGCCUGUCCUACAAGGAAAUCUCAUUGCGGGGAGUCCUUGUUGCGCUGAACUUCACACUGAGAGACAACAAGACCUUGGACAUAAAGUUUAACUGCUUAGUGGAGUGCAGGUUCCCCACUGAUCGGCUGCUGGUUUGUCUUCCUAAUGGCACAAUGGCCGCCACAGUACUGGGCUUGGAUACCAAACCAAACUUCAAUCCUGCCAGGACUCACCUGAAAGACCCGACAUGCAAACCCCAGGAAGUGGAUGACACGCGUGCCCUCUUCGUCUUCCCUGUCUUUAGCUGUGGGACUAUAAGGAGGUUUGAUGGGGAUUUUUUCAUAUAUGAAAACGAAGUUACUUUUGAUCGGGAAUAUUUACCACAGGAUCAACCAAUAAUAACACGGGACUCAAAAUACAGGCUGACCCUUCGUUGUAAAUACCCUGUCCGAGACACUCAACGGAUGUAUGGUAGAUACAACAAGACUACUCCAAUCAGGCGUGGCUUCUCGGCAGUCUUAACGGGUGACAAGUCUAAAGUCCUGAGGAAGAGAGCAAAGGACAGGCUGGAUGCUGUGCUAAGGGUUGCAAAGGAUGAUGCUUUCACCUCCUUCUACCAGUCCGGAGACUUCCCUGUGUAUAUGGCAAGAGAUACCAGCCUCAACCUCGAAGCUGACAUAAAUGGGAGGAUGGCCGGGAUGUCCAGGGUCGUAUUGCGGGAGUGCUGGACUACACCAACGCCUCAGAUGGAUGGCUCUCCACAAUGGGACUUGGUGGCAAAUGGGUGUGCCAAAGAUGGUGCAGCCUAUUCUACCAAGCUCCAGACAUCACCGGACUCUCCUCCGCGGUUCCAGGUGAAGAUAGGAAGUGGUCUCCAUGAGCCCGGCAACCAGAUUUACAUUCAUUGCCUAAUAUCCCUGCAUGAUGACGAUGCUAUAAGCUGCAACGGGGUUGGUGAUGGACCGGAGCAGAGAAUGGGGAAGAGAUCUGUGCUCCAGAGGGUGCCGUACGAAGCGGUCUCUGCAGGGCCCAUCCAGAUCCUGGCACGAGAUAACGGUGUUGCGUAUCAGUGUCUCGGAGACGAGUCGUGGUCGGUGUGGACCUGGAUCCUGUCGGCUGGGCUUGCUGUGUUUGCUGUGGUCACUAUUGCCGCUGUCACACUUGCUGUUCGGCUUUUUGUAUGCUAAAUAAAACA